AUGUUGCCCAACGUUCAUGAAGCCUUUAAGAAGAGGUUUAAGUCUUACAUAAAAGCAAUACCAAAGGCUCAAAUAACUCCCAUAAUCAGAGAUGGGUAUAUUAAAUAUUUCAACUCCAAUCCAUUUACAAUUACAAGUUGUGAACAAAACUUUGGAAUGGCUUCUUUCAGUACUUACCCAGUCAUCAAUGGUAUUAAACAAGGUGAACCCAACUGUGACUAUUCUGGAAUAUUACAAUUACACAAUAGUCAAAUAACAGCCAUUUGUGAUGGGUGUGGAUGGGGAAGUGCUUCAUGUUUAGCAGCACAAAGUGCUUUGCACGGAUUGUGUAAGUGUGUGGAGGACAACAUCAGUGGUUGCAAAACAUUGAGAGACGUUGCAACUAUUCUUGUUCGGGCAGUUGAAUGUGCCCAUAAUAACAUAUUUUCAAAUGACAAACAAACAACUGCGACAACUACACUUAUUUCAUCAAUAACAUUACAAUCUGAAGGGAAAUUGUAUGCACUUGUGAUUUCAAUUGGCGACUGCCAAUCAUUUUUAUUCAACACAAAGACUUCAACGACAACACCAGUGAAUGACAAAUGGAGUCGGAAUAUUUGUGAAGUGAAUGACUGUGGUGGAUGGAUUGGGUAUUCUGCUAAGGGUGUUCCAAAUCUAAAAGGAUGUUUUUUGAAGCUUUUGGAAGUGAAAGAGGGUGAUAUUAUCCUUUUAAUGUCAGAUGGCCUCUCAGACAAUUUAAACGAGUUUGAUCCUCCACAUUCUUCAGUAUGUGACUUACUCUCUUCGACCCUCAAAGCUUCAACGUCUCUUGGUAAUUUCGUUUAUCAGAUGACACACUUUGUCAUCGAAAAAACCAACGAAACUCGAAUGUUUCAUCAAACCCAUACAUGUAAGAGGAAAGAUACAUUAAAAGGUAAAUUGGAUCAUGUCACUUUAAUAGCUUCUCGGGUAAAAGCCUGUUAUGAAAAUACCCAUGAUAUUAACGAAAUAAUAUCCGAAGAAAUCAAAACAAUAUACCCGUCAAAGUCUGAUUUUAAACGACCAAACAGUGUCUCAUAUUCUCAUGAAAAAAUGGAGGACGUACAACGUACAUUUUCGAACCCGUCUUCUUCCGAAUUCACACACUUCUAUCCUUCACUCUCAGAGUCUUCUGUACUUCCAACACAUCUUUGUGUUGGAAGUAAUGUCAUUUCCAUUGAGAAAAAAAUGUUUGGCCACUCUGCUGAUCCCUCCCCAGACUUCCACAACGUUCACAUGACAAUUACAGAGUCACCAUCACCUCUUCCAAGGAAGAAAUUCAGAAAUUCCUUCAUAAACUUAUUCCACUAA